UCCUUUGAUAUUUAUUCCCCCCUCGGCCCUUAGGAAGGGGAUUCUCCCCAAGAUGGCGGAUGCUGGUUUAAGGGGUUCGGGGGGUGGAGCUUUUACCUUCACCGACUCCCUAGAUCGUUGCCUGGCCCAGCUGCAGAGGGGGAUCGAGCCGGGGCUGGGCAAGGCCUUGUUGGCCCUCAGGACCCAGCAUAUUAAGAAGACGGGGGGGAUUGCCCACUUCAGGAUCCAUGGGGGACUAGCGCCACUUUUGGGGAUCCUGUCUAGCUCCCCGCGACCGCGCCGCACUUUGGAUCUAGCCCUCAGCAUCCUGGGCAACUGCUGCACCGAAGAGGGCAGCCGCACCCAGGUGCGCGAACUUGGGGGGAUCCCGCCGCUAGUUAUUAUCCUGAAGUCACUUGCUGUGGAAAGUAUCCUGAAUCGGACAGCACGGGCACUCGGCAACUUGGCUAUAGACUCAGAAAAUUGCCAGGCCAUCCAUGAAGCAGGAGCCGUGCCCCAGCUAAUCCAGGUCCUCACCAGAUCCCAGGACAGUGAAUGUUUGCAGAGCGUGAUCAGGGCCAUUCGCUAUCUGGCCGAUACUCCUGCUCAUCGUCUAGCGCUGACUCAGCAGGGGGCAGUCCGCCCCAUCGUGGAGCGCCUGGCUUCCUCCCUGGAGGACGGGCCCCUGAUUGUAGCCGCGGUGCGCACCCUCCUGGAGCUGUCAAAGGGCUGCAGCCAUGACUGUGCGGAGCAGCUCAGCCUGGGAGGGGGGAUAGCGCCCCUCGUGGCCUUAGCCAGCCACGAGAAACAGGUGGUGCAGGAAUCGGCUGUCGCGGUCCUGGCCAACCUCUGUCUGCAGGGCAUGCUGAGGCCAGCUAUCGGCAACGCUGGGGGGGUAGAGCUGCUAGUGGGGGAGAUCCAACGCCGGAGAGGAACCGGGGCACCUGGGCCCUCACUCCAUCCCCUGGUGAAAGCCUUGUGCCUCCUGUGCUGUGAGGCGGUUAAUCGGAGCCGGGUGCGUGAGACCGGAGGGUUAGAGUUACUGCUCUCCCUCUUGCGGGACCGAUGUCACAGCUAUUUGCAUGCUCGGGUGGUGGUGGCUUUCGUGGCCUUUUUCUAUGAUGAGAAAGCCCUGGAGAUGCUGCAGGCCGGAGGACUGGUGCCCUUGCUGGUUGGCAGGCUGGCUGCCCAGAGCCAGUGGGCGGGCCGGAAACAGGUGGAGGAGGAGGAACAACGAGAAUAUGAGAAAGACGCGGCGUCAUUUGACUUUCCUGCAGAGGGGCGGCGAGGAGAGCAGGCCUUGCCAGGAGCAGAGAGUUCCAGCUUUCAGAGCCUCAGAUCCUGGCUUGUCUCAGAAGGUUAUAUUUCCAGUCCGGGAGAUCUUUCUCCCCAGUGGUCUCCUGAUGUCACCCUUUCCGAAUUGGAGGCCCAAGGAGAGAUCAGUCCCAUCCAGGAACUGCAAGAUGAUUCUCUAGGACCUUGCCACAGCACGUCUGGGAUGAAGAUCCACUCUGGAGCUGAAUCUCCCGAUUUUAUACAUUCUCCUUUCUUGGAUUUGCCUCUUGGGGGGCAGCCCAGCCUUUCAAAGACUUUAAACUCAGCAACGAAAGGCAGAAUUCUUCCAGAUCACAACCUCAGUCCUACAGCAUUACCUUUGUCGGGUGAAUCUGAAAAUCUCCACCCAGAACCUGCUUUGGAGGCCCCACAUUCAGAGGGGAGUAAGGAGGAAGAAACAGACGGGGCCAAUAAGACACCGAAAGAGCUGGCUUUGUCAGAACUGGCAAAUUUAGAGGAGGAGGUUCUAUCUGGAGAUGAUGCUUUAGAGCUGCCUUGUUCCUCCACGCCAGAGGAAAUGCCAAAUUCAGAGAACGUUGGUGGACGAGCUGAACAAUCCCCUUGGGUUACCUUGGUAGCCAGCCAAAACAGCCCUGGGCCCAACUCCAUUCCGUUGAUCGUGAUUCCAAGCCACAGUGACCGAAGCCAGCUGUCACGCGCUCCUGUUGCCAAAUCCCCAGCCACAGAGGAAGUGUGCUUGGCCUCUCCGAAGCUGAAUGUUCAGGCUCUCCCAACUUCUCCCGAGGAGUACAAGACAUCUAAACGGCGUGCCAAGCUCCGCUCCUCCUUGGAGCAAAGCACACCGCCAUAUCAGGGCUUGUUCCCUCUCCCUGAGGCGUCGUCUCCCUGGCUCUCCUUGGCCCUGCCGUUGUCUUUCUCUCCCCACCUGGGCGACCCAGACCUCCACGCUCCCGAAGCGCCAGCCCUCCUGCUCCUUUCCCGUUUCUCUCAAGCCGAGGAUCCUAGUCGGAGUUUGGUGACGCCAGACACGCUGCAGGGACUCUUGCGUUACGUCACCGGGAGCCCUUCCCCUUCGUCCCGCUGCCUUCGGCUGCUGCAUCGCCUCACCUGCAACCCGGCUUGCCUGGAAGCCUUCGUGCGCUCCCACGGCCCCUCCCUCAUCAGGUCUUGGUUGAUACUGGGCGUGUCCCCUGAGCAAGCCGCUGCCGCCAUCACUGGGGAAGCCGGAGAAGAGGAGACAAGUGGUUCGGGUGAUCCCAGGAGAUUCAAGGAACUUGGAGAGGCGCUACUGAUGAACCUCUGCGUGCAGGCAGAGUCCCCCUUUGGCGUGGGGCUCCUCACUCACAUGCUACUGUCAGGCUGCGAAUCGGACCAGGCAGCUGCUGCGCUGGCGCUGCCCCUCAUCUGCCGGAAGGAUUUUGUUUGUCGGAAGCUGCUGGUGGGCCUCUCUGGCCUGCGGAUCUUGCUAGGGGUCCUGGCACGGGACCAUGACCCCCAUUUAAUCUUCUAUACCUCCGAUGUUCUUUCCCGCCUCCUGAGCUCCCCAGCUCCGUCUCCCGCUUCUUUCUCGCCUCCUGCCUCGAAGCGGCCUCGCCUGGACUCCUCACAGCCUUGCCUUUACUCCCACAUGGUGGCGGAAGGUGGGGUCGACUUGUUCUUCCAGUUGGACUCUGGCUGCAGGGUGCCGGCCGUGCGGCAGGUGAUCAGCGACGCUUCCGAGGUCUUCCGGGCCAUGCUGAGUGGGGGCUUUGCAGAGUCAUCCCACACCACCGUGAUGCUUCACGGCGUGUCCCCAGAGCCUUUCCUGGCUCUGACCCAUUUCCUCCAUGGCUGCCGUGGCAGGCCCUGCCAGGUGCUGGGAACGCCGUUCCCCCUCGCUUUAGCAGAAGAAAUCUUGGUGGUUGCUGAACAGUAUCUCCUCCCAGACCUCCAGGCCUUGGUGGACGAGGCCUUGUGCCAAGACUCUCUCCGCCCUGGGACUCUCGGGGAGGUGUACCGGCUGGCCGAGCUGCAGAACCGGCCCCGUCUCCUUCGGAAUUGUGUGGCAUCCAUUUUCUUCCGGGAGGGGUCGACCUCCACCCACCGAGCUGCUGCCCUGGCAGAGCUGCUGCGAUCUGCUGCAGAUCCCGGCGGUUUAGCUGCCAAGCUGCUGGGAGUGGUGUUGGAAUCCCCGUGGGGCAGUGGCUCGGAGGGCCAGCUAAGCUGACCCAUGGGUCCUUCUGUCUCCCCCCCCCCCCCCAGUUCUUACAGCUGGUGCUGUUGUGGAUCGGGCAAGGGAGGGAGCGGUUGGAGCGUUAAGCGAAUAAAUGGCAGGGUGCUUCGAAAAGGGGGAUCUGGGUCAGCGGAUGGUUCUGUAGUGGCCAGGACUUAAGCCUAGCAGGGAGGAAGGUGUGGGACGAAGCACUGUUGGAUUAUUUGGGGGUGAGGUUGGGGGCAGAAAGAGAGGGGCCUGGUUUCAGAAAUAAGAUUUGCUGCCCUGCCAGCUGCUACAACCGUGUUUCUUAAUCUCUCUGACUUAAAUAAUAGGAGGGGGGGGGGACUUAGGCUCCCGGAAUUCUGGCUGGGGAAUUCUGGGAGUUGAAGUGCAUCACCCUUCUUAAAGUCACAGAGGUUGAGAAACGCUGCGCUGGACUAACCGACGCGGGUAGAAGCCAUAGAACUCCUGUUCAGGAGCUUUGAGAAUCCUCCCUGUCCGAAAGGGACUCCUGCUUUUUGAUUGGUCGAAACUCAAAAGAGGAGUCUCCCUUUGGCCAGGGCCCAGCUGUGAAAAGGGUCAGCUUUGACUAUGUAGCCUAUGGGGCGACCCAGUCCUGGUGCUAGUUAAUUCAGAAACGAACCCCAGCCUCGGAAUUGGAGGCGUUUCUUCUCCAUCAAAAGCGGGUGACUGUAGCAGAAGGAAACUGAGUCAGCAGGAGCCCCCUUGAUGUCCCCAGGCACCUGAAGGAACUUGGCAGAGGUGGAGAUGUCAUCUCCUUCCAGACGAGGCAAGGAAGCAGUUGUCCCGAGAACUUGAUAUAAAAAGAUCGUGCAGUUGGAACGAUAAAUGUAUUAUCAACUGUUGUACAUAGAGAAAUACAGAGAGCCACAAAACACUCAGAA